GCUGGGGCUGGUCCGGCUCGACUCUGUUCCCUUGGCAACGCAGUACACAAACGCGAACCUGAGCAGCGCGCGCGAUGUGCUUUUACAAAGCGGAGACACUGUUUCACUACUCCUUUGGAACAUGUCAACCGAAGAAGAUCUUCCCUCACUACCAUCCUCCAAACUAUUUGGGGAACAAGUUUGUCCCUUUGAGGGGAGAGCCCCACAGAGGGCCUGGAUGUUACAUAACAGAAAAUAAUAUGUAUGACUUGGUAUACAACCUCUCUAAGAUCCCGACCAGUAAAAAAGGAUAUGCUUUUGGAGCCAGAACAGCCGUGAGGUUUAAGCCAAUCAGCAAGGUCAGAAGUGGCUGCGUGUGCUUACAUUUUAGUGUGAUCCAUGUUGUUGCAUGUUUUGCAUGGGAGAGCAAAGGGCAGAGAGUGGAGGUUACCCCUGGCACAUACAACCCAGAAAUAAAGCCAUCUCCCAAAAUCAACUGGCCAAUGAAAUUUGGAUCUCCAGACUGGACUCAAGUUCCAUGUCUACAGAAAAGAACCUUCAAAACUGAGUCUCCCUUGAGGAUUGAGGAAAACUUCUCUAGAAGACAUGCUGGCUCUGACCGACAGCGAAGUGAGCAGUUUCAUGGCAGAGAGGGACGCACAUAAUCCACACUAGAAAACAUCGGUGUGGGCUAGAUACAACA